CUCGACUCUAUCUGUGCUGGAAAAAGGACUUUGAGAAACUGCAGCGAUGUCAGUCCAGGUUGUGGCAGCGAAAAUGGCAGAGGUCGAACUCAAAGACGUCCCCACCGGCAAAGACCUGCCGGCUGAAUCCCCGGUGACACCCACGUCGGAGGGCAAGAGCCUCGCCAGAAACGACCCACACGAGGCCGGUUCCUCUGCUGCUACGUCCCCUGCCGCGGAGCCCUCCGCGAAAGCCGGUGAAGGCAGCCUGGGCUUGCUCACCCCGAACCCUGCGAAGAUGCCCCAGGCGUCGGCUAUGAAGCGCUCGGACCCGCAGCAGAACGGUGGGGAGGCUUUCGUGAACCGUGAUGGAACCGUGGCCGAGGCUCCGCGGAUGAAGAAGAUCCAGUUUGCCGACCAGAAACAGGAGUUCAACAAGCGUCCCUCCAAGAUCGGCCGGCGCUCCUUGUCCCGCUCCAUCUCCCAGUCCUCCACAGACAGCUACAGCUCAGCGGCGUCGUACACGGACAGUUCUGAUGAUGAGACGUCUCCUCGGGACAAACAACAGAAAAACUCCAAAGGCAACGGAGACUUCUGCAUCAAAAACAUCAAACAGGCCGACUUCGGACGCAGAGAGAUCGAGAUCGCUGAACAAGAGAUGCCAGCGCUGAUGGCUCUGAGGAAGCGAGCCCAGGGGGAGAAACCCCUCGCCGGUGCCAAGGUGGUGGGCUGCACCCACAUCACUGCCCAGACUGCUGUGCUGAUGGAGACUCUGUCAGCUUUGGGGGCUCAGUGCAGAUGGGCAGCUUGUAACAUCUACUCCACCCAGAACGAAGUGGCAGCUGCCCUGGCAGAAGGAGGUUUCAGUGUGUUUGCAUGGAAGGGUGAGUCAGAGGACGACUUCUGGUGGUGCAUCGAUCGCUGUGUCAACGUGGAAGGCUGGCAGCCCAACAUGAUCUUGGAUGAUGGUGGAGACCUGACUCACUGGAUUUAUAAAAAAUAUCCCAACAUGUUCAAGAAGAUCAAGGGCAUAGUAGAGGAGAGUGUCACCGGCGUGCACAGGUUGUACCAGCUGUCCAAAGCAGGAAAACUAUGUGUUCCGGCCAUGAACGUCAACGACUCAGUUACCAAGCAGAAGUUUGACAACCUUUACUGCUGCAGAGAGUCCAUCUUAGACGGCCUGAAGAGAACCACCGACGUCAUGUUUGGAGGCAAACAGGUGGUGGUGUGUGGAUACGGAGAGGUUGGAAAAGGCUGCUGCGCUGCCCUCAAAGCGAUGGGCUCCAUCGUCUACGUCACAGAGAUCGAUCCCAUCUGUGCCUUGCAGGCCUGCAUGGAUGGCUUCAGGCUGGUGAAACUCAACGAAGUCAUCAGACAAGUGGACAUCGUCAUCACCUGCACAGGCAACAAGAACGUGGUGGUGAGAGAAUACCUCGACCGCAUGAAGAACGGCUGCAUUGUCUGCAACAUGGGACACUCCAACACCGAGAUCGACGUGGCGAGCCUGCGGACUCCUGAGCUAACCUGGGAGAGAGUUCGAUCUCAGGUGGACCAUGUAAUCUGGCCCGACGGCAAGAGGAUAGUCCUGCUGGCAGAGGGCCGACUGCUGAACCUCAGCUGUUCCACUGUGCCCACUUUCGUGCUCUCCAUCACUGCCACGACUCAGGCGCUGGCUCUGAUAGAGCUCUACAACGCCCCUGAGGGACGCUACAAGCAGGAUGUUUACCUGCUGCCCAAGAAGAUGGAUGAGUAUGUGGCCAGCCUGCAUCUCCCAACGUUUGAUGCACAUCUCACAGAGCUGAGUGACGAACAGGCCAAGUAUCUGGGCUUGAACAAGAACGGACCCUUUAAGCCAAACUACUAUAGGUAUUAAACCAGCGUUGGGGGUGAACUGAGGAAAUCCGAAUAUUCCAUGAAUGGCACAGACUCACAGAGGAGGAGGAAGAGGAGGAAGGAGGAAGGACGGACAGGAUAGUCAACUCACCUGCUUUAUAUCCGGGGUUGAGGGGGAGGAGCUCUAGCUGAGCCCAGGGGAGGGAAACGGGGGAAGGGGCCGAGGGGUCGUGGCUUUUCCUUGCGCUUAUGGCAGUCGUUUUAUUUAUUCACACUUGAUAACAGUAAUAAUGAUAAUAAUAAUAAUAAUAACAUUAAACCACUCUGUGGAGCUGCUCCUGCCAUUAGCCACGAGCUAGCUCCCCUGGAAGGCGUUUUUAAUUUCCUGCCACUCGUCUUUUCGCCAUCAUUAUCUUUAGAUGCUCAUUUGUGUGUCGAGUUGUAUGUAAAUCCUCCCCCCUCCCUCCCCAUUGCCAGAUCUUUUAUUGUUUAUCUAUUCAAGAUGAAAUUACUGACGCUAAAAAAAAGAUAUAAACUAUAUAAAAAAACUUGAUUAAAAAAAAUCUGCGUGAAUGAAGAUGACCUUUGACGAUUUAGUGACGGACGAUUUUUCCUGUCAUUAUUUUUUUUGUUGUCUUUUUUUUUCUACUUGUGAUUUUGUUUUUCUCUUGUGUAAUAUUUCAAAGGGGCGGGGCUAUAUUUAGUGGGCGGGGUUAUGCGGGCUCUCAGGGUCCAAUCAUAUCAUAUGUAUUUUAUUUGAUUGAGAUUCACCGUUGUCUGUUUUUAAGCUUUUUUUUUUUUUUUUUUUUUUUUUUUUACAAUGCGUUCUGUCCCUUUGGAUCAGCCUGUAGUUUUUGUUUGGUUUUUUUUGUUUGUUUUUUUAAAGAAACAUGACUGGAUGGUGAGUGGUUCCUCCACCUGUCACUCAAACCUGCAGUGAAACCAUCUCAUUGGCUGCCUCUUUCUUCGCUUCCCAGCUGCUCUCACGACGGAGAAAAGUAUUUUCAUUACGUCUUUUCCUUUAACAAGAAUGAAUUUGGCGUGUUAGAAGCAUGGCAGGCUGUCGGAUCAAACAAGGUUAUACUGUAUAUUUAGAUAUUUAUAUAGAAAUUAAGAUUUUUCUAUCUUUUUUCCUCUCCUGCGCCAUCUAAUAUAAUUUACUUUUUGAAAGGAAAAAAAAUCGACAUGUCAUACAGAUAAGCAAUUAAAUGUUCUAAUGAUAAGUGUAAUAACUGAACUCAAACCCUCAUUUUUGAAUACUGUGACAAAAUAUUUACAGCGAGUUGUUGCCAGGUCGGUACUACAACAUAUUCCUGCUAUCAGGGCCUCAUUAAACAGGAUGGUGCUGUUAGGGUUUACUGUGCUGACCACACAAACACAACUCCUCUUUGGUACUCACAAAUCCGAUCUAUUGCUUUAUUUCCAUCCAAGAAACACAUUUAGCAUCGCUGCAAAUGGGUGUGCAUCGGCAUUUAAAGUGGAUUUUCAGAGUGUAAUGAGCUGCCAUCCUCUGUAUCUCGUCCCCAGCUGACCUGACAGUCGAAAUAAGAAAAGUCCUGACGAUGAUUUCACCUGACUGCCAAGCGUUCGUCCCGCUGCUACACCUGCGCUGCACCUGAACCGCUCAGAUUCUCUGUUUAUCCUGCUGGGAAACUCAACUUUCACAGAGCGAGAUCAACAACUAAAAACACACGUAAAUAUAUAGCGACUCAUUGUCCGGGUCAGAAAAUCUUUUAAACAGGUGGAAAUAGCACAAAAUACGCUUUGAAUAAACCCAUUUGCUCGCUCAAAAAUUCACAUAUGCCUGUACAUUUCAAUUUUGUUUUUUGGUGACAGAUUAUAAAACUAACCAAAGCAUUUAAAGGAAUAGUUUGACAAUUUGGGAAAUCAAGUGGAAAACAAACAAAAGAAAAGAUGAAAUACUUGUGUUUGCAAUUGUGAUAUGCAGGAAUUAAAACAGUCUUUUAAAAUUUAACAGAUAUUAAGUUAAUAAUACACACAAUCCAGAACUAGUAACCUUCUGGUUGAAACUCCAGCAUAGUAGAUUGUGUUUUUGCACCUUAGCAUUGGUUACAUCCUGCCAGAAAAAGAUGAUUUUCAGUAUGUAUCUCGACAAUAUUGUGAUUUAUUUUGGCCGCGAUAUUCAUCUGCCAUUGUGAUAUCCCAAUUUCCCACAGUGUCAAACUCUUCCUUUUAUUUACAACAAAAAAAAAAUCUCAAGAAACUACAAUUUUAACGUUGGAUAAACCAAAUGCCGCCGUUAAAUAACAAAAACAACCCAUAUUGUGUCACAGUCCGGUGUCACACUGUUCCCUGCCAAUGUUUGUGCGUUUUUCUGUCACCUAGUGCUGUUGGGAAUCUCCGUUUUUUGAAGUAGUGUGGUCUGUCCUCUGAGUGUUCUUAAACCUGUUGUCUUAUUCUUUUCCUCCCGCGCGUGAAUGUCUCUCGAGAGGAAGCCGAGGUGAUGUGAGUGUCCAAAUGUCUCUCUGUAUUUGUACACAUCCUUUUUUUGUAGGCCAUAGUUGCUUUGUUAACAGCUGCCUCAGGAUCCUAGCCUGUGCGUUAGGGGGAAGAAACGUCAGCUAAACUAAGCUGACCGACACAUGGGUGGGCGGGGGACGACACCAGCAUCGUAUAUGUAUAUACCUACUAUAUACAGAUAUGACAACCUUUAAAAGCGUAGGAAAGUUAAAGAAAAAAAAAGAAGAAUCGACUCCUGUAUUUAUUGUUGUAAAUCCUCAUACAGUGCAAACUGGCGGAAAUUCUCAAACAUGUUUUAAGUUGUCUAAUAAAGAAAAAAGAACCCUAUGUUUAAAUAUUGCAAGUGAUAAUGGUAGAUGAUGAGCAAUAAUUAAAAAAUUCUGUAAUCUUAAUGAAUAAAAAUGUAAAAAUUGUAA